AUGGCCUUCAAGAUCUUUUCCAUUCUCAAACUCUCCAUUUUUCUUACACUAUCCAUUUUGGCAUCAUUUCCAUUAUUUUCCCUAGCUGAUAAACCUAACAUCCCACCACAGGAAAUAUGCGAGUCCACCGUAGACCCUCGUUUCUGCAAAACCCUACUUGCUAACCAAAACGGCACCGUAAUCGACUACGGUCGUUUCUCCGUAAGAAAAUCCUUAUCUCAAUCUCAAAAAUUCUUAAACCUAGUUCUCUCACACCUUCAAAACAAGUCAUCUUUAUCGCAAACCACAAUUUCAGCUCUUAAAGAUUGCGAAUUCCUCGCACAACAAAACUUCGAAUUCUUAUCAAACACACACCAAACUGCUAACAAAACUAGCAAUAUUCUUCCUCUUUCUCAAGGUGAAGAAUUUCAAACCUUGCUUAGUGCUGUUUUAACAAACACACAAACAUGUCUAGAAGGUUUGAAUACAACUUCUUCAGAUCAAACAGUAGUAAAUGAUUUAUCAUCAACAAUCUCUAAUGAUGAAAAGAUUCAUAGUGUGUCACUUGCACUUUUUUUAAAGGGUUGGGUUGGUGAUAACAAAAAACAAACAUCAUCGUCACACAAUGGAAGAAAUCUAGGUUUUCAUAACGGUCGUUUACCGUUAAACAUGUCUGAUAAAGUACGCGCGCGUUAUGAUUCAGCUAGAAGACAUGGGAGAAAACUACUUCAAACGAUUGAUGAAAAUGUAACAGUGAGCAAUAUUGUAAUUGUUGAUCAAGAUGGAAGUGGAGAUUUUACAACUAUUAAUGAUGCUAUAAAUGUUGCACCAAAUAACAGUGUUGCUAGUAAUGGUUACUUUUUGAUUUUUGUUACUGAGGGUGUUUAUCAAGAAUAUGUUUCUAUACCUAGCAAAAAGAAGUACUUGAUGAUGGUUGGAGACGGAAUUAAUCGAACCGUUAUUACCGGUGAUCACAAUGUUGUUGAUAAUUUUACAACGUUCAACUCGGCAACAUUCGCUGUGGUUUCACAAGGAUUCUUAGCAGUGAACAUGACAUUCCGCAACACAGCCGGGCCAGUCAAACAUCAAGCAGUAGCAGUGCGUAACGGAGCAGAUUUAUCGACCUUCUACAGCUGCAGCUUCGAAGGCUAUCAAGACACAUUAUACACACAUUCCAUGAGACAAUUCUACCGCGAAUGCGACAUCUAUGGAACCGUCGACUUCAUAUUCGGAAACGCAGCAGUUGUUUUCCAAAACUGCAAUCUCUAUCCUCGUCUUCCCAGCACGGGACAGUUCAACGCUAUAACCGCUCAAGGCCGAACCGAUCCAAAUCAAAACACAGGAACUUCUAUACAUAAUUCAACUAUAAAAGCUGCGGAUGAUUUAGCUCCGAAUAUUACUACGGUGAAAACAUAUCUUGGAAGGCCGUGGAAAGAGUAUUCAAGGACGGUUUAUAUGCAAUGUUUUAUGGACAGUUUGAUAAAUCCUUCUGGUUGGCAUGAUUGGAAUGGAGAUUUUGCAUUGAGUACUUUGUAUUAUGCAGAGUUUAAUAAUACUGGACCUGGCUCAAAUACUACUAUGCGAGUGAAUUGGGUUGGAUAUCAUGUUAUUAAUGCUACUGAUGCUGCUAAUUUUACAGUGUUUAAUUUCUUGGAUGGUGAUAGUUGGUUGCCUCAAACUGGUGUUCCAUACUCAAGUGGAUUGAUAUAA